AUGAAAAAAAAUAUUUUGAUAUUUUUAUUAUUAUUAAUAAAUUUAUUAGCAUCUACUGAAAUUGAUGAAGGGCAUUGUCCAUUAGUAUUUAAUGUUAAAAAAUUAAAUAUUAAUGAAAUAUCAAAGAUUGACUCAUAUUUUAUAAAUUUUAAUACAACAUCAGUUAAUGAAUGUGCUAAAUUUUGUGGUCAAAGACAUUUUUGUAGAACAGCUGAGUAUAAUCCAAUUGAUAAGAGUUGUUCAAUAUCAUAUAAACAAACUUUAAAUUGUUAUACAAAUUAUGAAAGAUUUUCAUCAUAUCAUAUUGAUAAAAAAAAUUUACAAAAUUAUAUUUAUAGGAUAAGUUGUGCUAAUUAUUGUGAUUCAAAAUUCAAUUCAAAUCCACAUUCAAGUGAAAAGACACAAGAACAUAAAGAUGUUAUAAAUUCAAUAAACGGAAAUGAUGAAUUUGGUAAAUACAUAAAUGAAAUACCUAAAAUUAUUUUAGAGUUGCAAAGAAAAUUGGGAGGUGAUACAGAAAUUCAUACACAAUUAAUACCGGUUGAAAGAAAGACUGAAGAAAAAAUAAAAGAAAUUGAACAUAAAAAUGGUAGUUUAACAAGACAAAUUGAAAAAGUUGAAACGGAAAUAAAAGAAGUAAAAGGUCAAUUAAUUAAGAUGGGACAAGUUGAUGGUGAAAUUGAAGAAAAAGUAAAAGGAAUUAUUGAAUAUGUUGAAAAAGAUAAUAAUAGAGAAGUUAAUGUAUUAUCAGAUAAUUUAUCUAAAAGUUUAGAUGAUAAUAUUUUAAAUAAAAUUUCUUCAAUGAAAACAUUUAAAGUAAUUUCUGGUGAUAUACCAUUACCUAUUCAAAGAUUUCCAAAAAUGAGAGGUAUUAGAACAGAAGUUAAAGGUGAUUCUAUAACGUAUGAUUUACCAAAUGAACCAGUUGUUAUUAAUGGAAGAGUUGUAGGUUAUCAAGAAAAAUCUGAUAAAAAUUACAAUGGUGUUGAUGUAUUUUAUAAUAGUAAAGAAUAUAAUUCACAUGAAUUUAAUUAUUCAAGUAAAGAAAAUAUUGAUACAAAUAAUGCUGUUGAAUAUUGUUAUAGAGUAAUAAAUGAACAAGAAUUAAUGUAUGCUGAUUAUAAAACAUUAGAAAAUGUUUCACUUAAUAAAUGUAGAUGUGCAUGUGCAGAAUCAUGGCUUAAUAUGAAAGAUCCAAUUUGUUUAAGUAUUCAAUAUUUUAAAGAUUCUUCAAAAUGUGUCUUAAAUAAAGGUGAUCAUCAUGGAAGGUAUGAUCUUGUUUAUAAUCCAAAUACUAUAUAUUAUCAUACAUCAUGUACAAGAAAUGUUUUUCUUUCUACAGUUAAUUCAAUAUGUAAUUUUACAUUAGGAUCAUCUAAAAAUACAACAAAAACUGUUCGUAUUAAAAAUAACAAUAAUAAUAAUAAUAUCAAUAAUGUUAUAUCAGAUAAAGUUAUAAAAGAAGAAGUUACCCCUAAAAUUGUGUCAUCUCAAAAAACAUCAGAUGAAUGUUUUGAAGUUAUUCCAGGAUAUAAUAUGAUUGGUGUAACAGGUGGAAUAGAAAAUAAUGUUACAUUAGAAGAAUGUAAAUGUUUUUGUGCUCAUGGAAAAAAUUUAAAUAGAUAUAAAUUUCAAUGUCUUUCAGCAACAUACUUUCAUGAUCAAGGUGAUUGUAUAUUAAAUAUUGCUGAUAAAGUACUCCGACCUAAGGCAUUUGUCAAGAAUUAUAUAAAAAAUUAUAAAGUUUCAUACAUUGGAAUGUCAUGUUCAUUUAAUAGAUAUCUUACAGAUAUUUUUAAAGAUUUUAAUCUUCAUAAAUGUAGGAUAAAUGAUUAUGAGGAAAGAAAAAAAAAUAUUAAUAAUAAAAAAGUAAUUUUUGAUAAAAAAACAAAAAAUACAGAUAAUUGUUUUAUUGAAAUGCCAAGUUAUGUAUUAGAAGGAACUGCUAUGGCAUUAGAAACUAAUGUAACAAUUGAAGAAUGUAAAUGUUAUUGUAUUGAUUCUGAAAAUAGAUAUGGAAUUAUUUGUCAAAGUUUUCAAUAUUAUUAUGAUUCAAGUACAUGUUUAUUAAAUAAUGAAAAUAAAGAUUCAAAUCCAGAAAAGUUUAGUCACAAUAUAUUAUCUGAUACUUCACAUAGUUAUUUUCAUUUUAUUUGUUAUUCUCAAACAAUUCUUUUAUCAUCAUAUGUAGAUCAGGUAUGUAUUAAUAUUUUAGAUGAAAAAUUGCCUAAAGUAGAAUUGAAAGAUGAAAAGAACAAGAAUAUUGAUGGAGAUUUAAGCCAAGAUUCUCGUUUAUCUUAUUCAAAUAUUAAUCAUCCUGAUAAACAAGAUAAAUUUGUUCAAAAAAUAUAUGAUGAUGCAAGUAAAAAACAAGUUAUUACUACUACAACAAUUAAUUAUGUAUUAUCUAAUGAUAAAAAGACAACUAUUAAAAAAAAUAAACUUUAUCAAACAACAUCUAAACAGGGUAUUACAACAUAUAAAUAUUCUUCUAAUAAUAAAAAUAAUAAUAUAAAUGAAGAAGAUAAUAAUAUUUCAAUUGAAAAUAAUGAAAUUGAUUUAGAUGAUUCAAAUGUAAAUGAUAAUGAAAUUUUAUCAACAACAGAAUAUCCAUUAACCACUGUUGAUGAUUCAUCAGAAAUUGAGAUAACAACAAAAAAUGAAGAACUUUUAACAGAACGUUUAAAAAAUAUAGGUCCAUGUUUCUAUAAUGCGUUAUAUAAUCGUUUAUUUAAUGGAAAUAAAUUAAUAAAACGUGUAGAAGUAGAUUCAGCAGUUCAAUGUUUCCAAUAUUGUCAUAUUUAUAAAUGUAGAUCAGCAAAUUUGAUAGUUUCAACUGGAACUAUAAGAAUCUGUGAACUGUAUAAAGAUUCAGUUGUAGAUUAUAGACGUUCAGAUAUUCUUGAAUUUGCUCGUGGUGGAGCACAUUUUGAUACAAUAAAAUGUCAAGUAAAAGAAAAAAUUAGUAAUUAA